UAUUAGUAAACAUGAUGCAUAGUUAAAAUAUAAAUCAAAAUAUAAAUCAAUUUUGAAUAUAAAAUAUUAUAAAUAUAAAUUACUUUCUUGUUUAUAUGGAUGAUUUAUAGAUUUUCGGUAGUUUUAGUGGUUUUUAUUGGUUUAAUAACUUUAAAAUAUAAUCCGGCUAUGUGACCGGUUCAUGGUCGAACCAAUUACUAGACCAACCCGAUUAUAUAACCGGUUCAUGGUCGAACCCGGUCCAACCAUCGGGUCGGUCCGGUUUUAAAAACACCGGUUAGAAGCCUUUAAAAAGUUUUAGCACUGUUAUUAACCUCUUAUGCCUACCCAUAGAUAUGUUAAUAUGGGCUAAGGGCCUAGGGGGUGGACCCAACUAGGCCCAAUUCGGGGUGGAUUUGAGCACUGUUUUUAUGAUAAUAUAUUAGGGGGCUUCACGGAUUAAACCACACGGAUUAGCGGGUUAAACAGAUUGAACUGUUGUGGAUUGCGGGUUGAUCUGCCAAUUGUAGCCACACAAGUGUGCUUAUGCCUUAGGGGCCGGAUAGGUAGAUUAACUAGGGCUAUUUACGUAUGUGUUUGCUUUGUGUCUAUAUGAUGGGCCUUAUGAGUUGGGCUCGUAGUGGACCGACUUUGACUAGCCUUUUAACUUGUACCAAAAAUUGGAAGAGAGAGAAUGAAAUAGUUGAGCAGUCAGUCAAAGAUCUUCCCACAUUUAAUUCCUACGGUUGAAUACUGAAAAUAUUAAAGAAUUUACCAAAGAGAGCCACAGAAAAUGAAGAGAGGGAGGAGAACGUGGAACGCGUUACAGUUACAAAAUGCCAGAAAAUAAAGCGAAGAAAACUUUGUAACAGAUAAUACGUAACCGGAGAGAGCUUCUUCUUCUGUAUCUAUCUCUCCACGAGACUCGGUCUCAUACUCAUGUACUCAAAAAGCGUCUAUAAAAAUUAUUUGCAACUAUUCUGUAUUUGCGGAAAUAACUAAAGAGAUGGCUUGCAUGAAACUUGGUUCCAAAUCUGAAGUCUUUCAUCUAAGUGGUCACACAUGGGUUUGCUCAACUGGUCUUAAACCCGACGUGGUGAUCCAAGUACAAGACCAAACCUUCCAUCUCCACAAGUUUCCGUUGCUGUCAAGAAGCGGAUACCUAGAAGCUCUUUUCAGCAAAGCCUCCGAGACAGCAUCUCAUCACGCUCAGCUCCACGACAUUCCCGGUGGACCAGACACGUUCCUCCAUGUGGCCAACUUCUGUUACGGCGUGAGAAUCGAAGUCACGGCCGAAAACAUCGUAACCCUCAGAUGCGCAGCGGAGUAUCUCCAAAUGAGCGAAAACUACGGAAACGCAAACCUCAUCUACCUCACCGAGAGUUUCCUAAACGACGACGUUUGCACAAACUGGGAAGAUUCCAUCAGAGCCUUGGAGAGCUGCGAGAAAAAGCUCCUAACUAUCGCUGAAGAGCUUGGCAUUGUCUCUAGGUGCAUUUCUUCUUUAGCCGUCAAGGCUUCUUACGCAGAGGACAAAAGUUUAUUCAACUGGCCAAUCUCAGCACCAGAAACAACCACUACUACAUUAUGGAAUGGUAUACAAACUAAGUCCACGAGUGGUAGUAACUGGUGGUUCAACGAUGUCUCAUCGUUCCUUGACUUCCCAAUAUACAAAAGGUUCAUUCAAACCGUUGCGUCAAGAGGCGUGAAGGCUGAUGUAAUAGCAGCAUCCGUCACGCAUUACGCGAAACGGAACCUUCCUUUGCUAGGUUGUUCUAGGCACUGUGGUUCAUCAUCUUCGGAGGAAGGUACUAACUACGGUCAUGAUGAUAUAUACUACUCUCAUGACGAUCAACGAAGUCUACUCGAAGAGAUCGUGGAGUUACUUCCUAGCGAAAAAUGCGUUACUUCGACAAGAUUCUUGCUCAGGCUUCUUAGGACAUCGAUGGUUCUGCACGCUAGUGCGGUCACUCAAGAUAGUCUCGAGAGGAAGAUCGGUGUGCAGUUGGAUGAAGCUGGUUUAGAAGAUAUGUUGAUACCAAACAUGGGAUACUCAGCUGAAACACUCUAUGAUAUUGACUCUGUGCAAAGGAUUCUUGAUCACUUCAUGUUGGCAUUUGAUUCCUCUUCGAGAUGUUACAGUAACGUAGAGGAGAAGCAACUGAUGGGAGACUCUCAUCCUCUUAGGGCUAUGACGAAGGUUGCUAGUCUGAUAGAUGGCUACUUAGCUGAGGUGGGAUCUGAUGAGAACUUGAAACUAUUGAAGUUUCAAGCUCUUGGUGCUUUGAUCCCUGAAGAUGUGAGGCCAAUGGAUGAUGGUAUCUACCGUGCUAUUGAUAUAUACAUCAAGGCACAUCCAUGGCUGACAGAAUAUGAGAGGGAGCAACUGUGUCUUCUAAUGAACUGCCAGAAACUGUCGUUGGAGGCAUGCACACACGCUGCGCAAAACGAGCGUUUACCUGUACGAGUCAUAGUACAAGUCCUGUUCUUUGAACAAAUGCGGCUUAGGACAUCUAUAGCAGAACUGGACAUGGACACAAACAGCAGCAAUGAAGAGACAACCGGCAAGAAUCCGGAAUUAGAAGGAGGCAGCAAAACUAAAGGAAAUGCCAAGAUGGGGAUUAAGGAGAUGAAGGAACGUGUUUACGAGCUUGAAAAAGAAUGUACGAGCAUGAAGCAAGAUCUUUAUAAGCUUGUGAAGCCUAAAGAAGAGCGCAACUUCUUCUCGAAGAUAUUUGGAUUGAAGUGUAAGACUAAGACUUCACCAUGCGGUGGAAAAGGUGAAGGAGGAGAGGAAGACACUCUAUUGAUGAUUCGUGAAACCAAAAACUGAUGGGGGAGAGUGGCAACUAAUAACGAGUGUUGUAUGGUCUUUAGACACUUACUUUGGUUCCAUUUUAUAUGCUUCGUGUUGGACAUUUGGUGACUCUCUCUCAAACACAGAAUUUUGAUUUUAAAAAUAUUUUAUAUUUCUUCAAUGCGAAUGUUACACAAAA